CACACACACGUAUGUUCUCCGCACUCAGCUUCGCGUCGGUGGAUCCGGCCGCGCCGAAGGCGGAGGCGCCGGCUGGCAGCCAGCAGCCCUCGGCCGGCGGCGCCGUUAACCAGCAGCCCCAUGGCGGCGGUGCCAGCAGCCCUGGCAAUCCCCCGGCGGAGGGCGCCUUUUCCGGGUUUUCCUUUGCCCUGGGCCCCGGGCCGUCGGGCCCCGGGGGCGGGAUGGCCCCUCCGCGCCGGGCACGCGCCGCCCUUGCCGGCGAUGAUUCCGACGAGUCGGGCGACGAGGCCGACGAGGGCGGCCGGCGGCGGCCCAAUCGCCGAGACCCCACGAAGGACCUCGGCCGGGCGCAGACCAUCUCGGCCUUCAGCUCCGGGCGCGGCGUGUCGCAGGAUGGCAGCCUCCUCACGGAUGCCGACGCCCCGCUGGUCAUUUCGCUCCCCCCGCCGCGGCCCGGCGGCAUCGAGCAGAUGAUGCGCGAUGCCCUGGCCCGCGGCCCGGACGUCAAGGCCACCCGAGCCGAGGCCCUCUCCGAGAAGGAGGCCCUCGACCGAGACCUGUCCCUGCUGCCAGAGCCCGCCUCCAUGCGCACGUACGACGAGGUGCCGGUGGAGGAGUUUGGCGCGGCGCUCCUACGCGGCAUGGGCUGGACCGGUGGUGCGGCUAUCGGUCGGAAAAACUACAGCACCCUGGCCCAGCCACCGCAGCCGGCCGAGGCAAAGCCCCGGCCCUCGCGGCUCGGCCUCGGGGCCUCGCAUGCCCUUGGCAAGGAUGAGGAAGGCCGCCUGUUGCAGGCAUCCCGGAGUGCAACAUCAACCGGGACUUCCUCCGCCACAUCCACCUCGGGCGCCGGCAGCAGUCCCGAGCGCCGCGCCCGGCAUGGAGACGAGGAUCGUGGACGUGAUCGCGAUCGGAGCCAAGGUCGAGAGCAUGAGCACCAUCGCAAUCGCGACCAAGAUUCCCACCGCGCCCAUGACCGUGGCCAGGAUCCUCGUCGAGACCAUGGCCGGGACCGUCAUGAACGCAGCCGUGACCGCGACCGCAGCCGUGACCGCGACCGCAGCCGUGACCGCAGUCACGACCGAGAUCACGAUCGGGAUCAUGGCCGCAGUCGGGAUUACAAUCGCGACCGGAAUUCAAGCCGUGAUCGAGACCAUGCUCGUGGCCGGGACUACGAUCGCGGUCGGGAGUAUGAUCGCGGUCGGGACUACGAUCGCGGCCGGGAGCAUGAUCGUGGCCGGGAUCGCGACAGGGAGCAACGCGAUUCGGACCGCCGGCGACACGACCGUAGUCGUAGCCCCGGGGACCGACACCGCCGCCGGCCCUCUCCCGCCGGUCGGGGAGACCGCCGCGGUCGCCACGGAUGACCGGUGCCCUUUGAGACCAACCAAAAAUAGACCCCUCCCCUCGGGAGAAACAAGACAAAAAG